AUGGCAACCACAGCCAACCUCCUCCGCUCCCGCGCCGUCCCGCUCGGCAUCGCCGGCGGCCUCGGCGGCAUCUUCUGGUGGCAGACGCGCGGCGGCAAGAACCAGCCCCGCGGCGUGUCGGAGAAGUACGCGGCCAACGACACGGGCAACGCCACCAUCAGCGAGCACCUGCAGAACAUUGGCGGCACAGGCGGCACCUACGCGCGCAAGGGCCCGCUCGAGGAGGAUCCCAAGGACACGCGCGUCGUCGGCCAUUCGCCCGCGGCGCACUCGAAGCGUAACCCCGAGAAGACGGGCACGGCGCCCGAGGGACACACGACGGGCGCGGGGAGAAAGGAUAGCAAGGAUUAUGGCGGGAAUAAGGUCUGA